AUGUCUGGCUUUCAAAUCCCUGGCCUGGGGCAAGCCAAGCCUAAUGAGACAUUACCGCCUCUCCCAGCAGAUGUCCUGGCAGCUGCAGCUAGUGUCGAUGCGACAGAAGCACCACCUGCUUCAUCAGAGCCACACGGGACCUCUCAACCCAAGCAAAGCGACAACAAGACCGAGGGGCUCAACACUACUGUCGCAACAGCCGCGCUUCAAGCGACCGAAGAACCCGACGCAAUGAUCAUCGACCAGCCCGACAGCCCAUCAUCUCUAACCGGCGCGCUCGAAGCCGCCAUCGGCGGCCUAGACAGCACCGACAAUGCACCAGAGCAACCCCAACCGCAAACCAACGCAGUCGCCCUCCAAAACGACCAAAGCGAACACCCUGAAUGGGAAGUCGACUCUUCCCCAUACGAAUCGUCCUCGGAGUCAAGUAGCUCAGACUCGUCAGACGAAGACUCCGACAACGAAGGCUACGAGCUCCUCGGCGUCGAAGAAACCGCCCGCCUCCUCAUGGAAGCAGAAGGCGGCUCCGACGACGAGGGCGACCACGGCAAGGGGUCAAGUGCAGCCCGACUACGCACCAAGAAUGAAAUCGCAGAAGAAAUCGUCCCCAAGCCAGACAUCACCAUCACCAGCGAGAUGAAGAUCGAAGAGCUCGGCUCGAUCGAACACAUUGUCGAAAACACCGUGCUCGUAAAGGCAAUCACCCCAGGUGAAUACCAGGUCCUCGACACAGGAUCCGCCCUCUGCACCGCCGAGCGCGCCGUCAUCGGCGCCGUCGCAGAAACCAUCGGCAAGGUCCUGCAGCCCAUGUACACGGUGUACUUUUCUUCCGAGCAGGAAAUCAAAGACCUAGCCCUGGAAGUCGGCACAAAGGUCUUCUACCCCGUCGACCACGCGUCGUACGUCUUUACCCAGCCGCUAAGGAACGCCAAGGGCUCGGACGCGAGUAAUUUCCACGACGAGGAAGUCGGCGACGACGAGAUGGAGUUUUCCGACGACGAGAAGGAAGCAGAGUACAAGAGGGCGCUGAAACAGAAGAAGAAGGACAAGUGGAGGAGCAAAAAUGAAGACAAGGCCGGCGGCGCGGCCAGGGGACCGCAUCCUUUGAGCCAGGAGGUUUCUGCAGACGCUGGUUUAAACUACGAUGAUGACGACGGCCCGUACAAGCCGUUGGCUCGACCUCCCGGCUUUGGCGACGGACUCGCGCCUAGUGAAUCGUACGAGCCCGCCCCUCGACCUGGCUUCCGACGUGGUCGCGGCGGAGAUGUCAGAGGCCGAGGUAGUCGAGGCAGAGGAGGAGCAGGGAGGGGAGGCGGUCGGGGCGGAUACGGAAACACGUCGAGAGAUGGCUAUUCCCUCCCUCCCCAGGGCGGCCAGCAGAAUUCUCAACAGAUACCUAGUCAGCCUGCUACACAACAAGCAGCUGCUCCGCCAGUCAUGCCCAACUUUGGCUUCCAGCUCCCCGCUUGGCCACAAUCACAAGCGGCCCCAGGACAAUAUCCUGUGCCGCCUCCACCUCCUCCUCCAGGCUGGCCAGCGCAAGGUCAAGGCCAGGCGGGCGCUCCAAACACAAUUAUCAAUCCUGCAUUUGUAGCGGCGUUGAUGAGCCAGAUGCAGCAACAGAAUGGGCAGCACGGCUGGGGGGCUCAACAGCAACCGCCACCCAACGGUGGCCAGGCUCAGUGA